AGUUCAUCAAGUUAUUGUGAAAUUCUACAUAGUUAGCCCGCACUUCCAAGCAAUGCGAAGUCAACGCGAACAGUACACUUUACACAAUAUUCAUUUGCUCCUCCCUUGUUCACGGCGCAUUUGUUUGCUCCAUCUUCAGCUCUGUUUGUUUAAUUAGCAACUCCAAAACCAUGCUUUCUGUUCAAGAAACGCUUUGGCCAUGUGAAAGCUAAGGCUUUCUGUCUUUGCAAUCAACACAACGACUAGUCGAAUUUCUUACUAAUAGUUGCCAAGAUCAGCUAUCGAUCAGCUGGUAUUGCAAUGCUGAAUCAGUGCCUUCUUCAAGAGCGCGGCAGAGAUGCAUCUAGUCAAUGCUCUCUAGGCUAGAAGAGGAAGAAGUUGGAGACGCAUUUAUUUGGCCAAUGCAAAGAUGAGAGAUUCGGCAGCAUUACUGCACGGGAUUCUCCAACGUCGCUGCGUAUCUUAUCUGGCUACAUUAUUCUUCUUCAUUCUGUGCAUUGCGGCUUUCUUCUCGGCACGCUUGCUCGACUUCAGGUGGAAUGCAGGGAAUUACCCUCGAAAAUCAAUAUUCAGUGGCGUCACAUUUUCAAAAUACCCUCUUCAUGAUCCAUGGACAAAGCCCAGGAGGAAUCCGAUUGAAAUCCCAUUGACUUGCGCUGUUACCAACAGCACACGAACUUGCCCAACAACUUACCACCCACCAAAUCUUUCGGCACGAGAUGAAGACGCGGCCGCUCCCGAGGCCUGCCCAGAUUACUUCCGGUGGAUCCACGAAGACCUGUCGCCCUGGAGGGAGACUGGAAUUUCACUAGACAUGGUGGAGGCGGCCAAAAGAAGGGCAUACUUCCGACUGGUUAUAGUGAAUGGGACUGUUUACGUGGAGACUUAUCAAAGGUCGUUUCAGACGAGAGAUGUUUUCACGCAGUGGGGAAUUUUACAGUUGCUACGGCGGUACCCGGGUAAACUGCCCGACUUGGAUCUCAUAUUUAGCUGCGCGGACCAGCCGGGUAUUGUUAAAGAAUGUUAUCCCAAAUCCAACGCCACCGCCCCGCCACCGCUGUUCGGCUAUGACGGAGAUGAUGCGACCGUCGACAUUGUUUUCCCGGAUUGGUCAUUCUGGGGAUGGCCUGAAAUUGUUAUAAAGCCAUGGGAGCAAUUGUCCGAGGAGCUAAAAGAAGGGAACCGGCGGAUGCGAUGGGUGGACAGGGAAGCACAUGCAUAUUGGAAGGGCAACGCUAGACUUACGGCUUCAAGGAGGGAUUUACUCAAGUGCCAUGUUUCGGACAAGCAAGAUUGGAAUGCCCGUGUCUAUUAUCAGGACUGGCAUCGUGAACAACGACAGGGUUUCAAAAAUUCUAACUUAGCAGACCAAUGCAUCCACAGAUUUAAAAUCUACAUCGAAGGAAUUGGGUGGUCCGUAAGCGAAAAGUACAUUCUUGCGUGUGACUCUGUUAGUUUAGUGGUCAGGCCACGUUACUACGAUUUCUUCACAAGAAGUUUGAUACCUCUGCAACACUAUUGGCCCAUAAGAGAGAAUGACAAGUGCAGAUCAAUUAAGUAUGCUGUUCACUGGGGCAAUACCCAUCAGGAAGAGGCACAGGCCAUUGGCAAGGCAGCAAGCGAUUUUGUACAAGAGGAGCUGCAAAUGAAAUAUGUGUAUGAUUACAUGUUUCACCUCUUGACAGAGUAUGCUAAGCUUCUGAAAUACAAGCCAAGCGUUCCUCCGAAGGCAAUUGAACUUUGUUCCGAGUUAAUGGCCUGUCCGGCUGAUGGAUUGGUGAAGAAAUAUAUGGUGGAUUCCGUUGUUACGAGUCCCUCUGAGGCAGCUCCAUGCACCGUGCCUCCUCCUUACGACCCUCCUACUCUUCAUUCAAUUUUGGAGAGAAAAGAAGAUUUAAUAAAGCAGGUAGAGACGUGGGAAAAACAGUAUUGGGAUACUCAAACCAAUCACAAUUAAUUAGACGGGCCGACGACAUGUUUUUCUUCUUCAGCUGGUUUGUCAUCAUCAAUUUCCCUGCAGCUAUCAAAAAUUUUAUAAAAAAAAUUUACU